UCACAUGCUUGUUGUACACUAUUUGUCAUUGGAUUUGGUCCACAACUAAAAACCCCGACACGUUCCACCUUUGGAUAACCCGGAAAAAAACGGGAAACAGAAAAAACGCGCCACUAAACACUGCCAUCUAGUAACGCAUUUAGCCAUUUUUGAAAAAAUGUGGAAUAUUAUCCAGAUGUUCGAAUGAAUCGAAAUGAUGGAAAAUCCCGAUUCGAAUGUGGAUUAUUUAAUCGGUGGAUCAUCAUCAUCGAUUAAUGAAAAAAUUCUUCGUUAUGAAAAUUUUGUUGAAAAUGUAUUGAAAAAUGAUUUGCAUAAAGUUUCUUGCCAAUAUGAAAAGAUCUGUGAACAAAUUACCGAUUAUAAUAAUAUUAAAUCAACAAUUGAAACAAUCAAUGGUGAUCAAAUGAAAACAUUGAAAACAAUGAAUGAUAUUGGUUCAAAUUGUUAUGUUCAAUGUGUCAUACCGAAUACCGAUCGAAUAUAUUUAUGUGUUGGACUUGAUUGUUAUGUUGAAUUGACACUUGAUGAAGCAUUGAGAUUCAUUAAUCGUAAAACAGAAAUUCUUAAAAAAUCAAUGGAAUUUUUAAUGGAAAAUUCUGCUAAAAUUAAAGCCCAUAUUAAAAUUGUAUUAAAUUUAAUCGAUCAAUUACGAAACGAUGGUGGCGAUGAUAAUAGUUAAUUUUUUUAUAAAUACUAAU